AUGAUGCUAUGCAGUAAAACUUCAAAAGAAUGCAAAUUCACUACUCUCAUAUUAAUUAUACUACUGAUUAUUUGGAUGAUAAUUCUUGCACCCACUUCCAUUUACUUCAUUUCCAAAGCAGAAAACUAUUUCAUAUCACAAAUAAAGAAAUCACUCCUUUUGAAUGGAUCUGAUUCAAACCUCCUUACUCACGCUAACUUGGCUUAUACACUGCACAAAACAUAUUCCACGCUGUCAAGAUCUGCCGAUCCAAAAUACCCCCUGUAUUUUAAUCUGGAAAAAGAAAGGCUGGAAAAGCUGUAUGACACAAUAAGAGGUAAAAAGAAAGUGAAGAAGUUUCUCAUUUAUGGAAGAAGAAGAGUUUUUACACCCAUGGACUUUUCCUACUGCCAUGCAAAUGAAUGUGAAGUCAUCAGUGGCAUGGAAAGAUGGCAAGAGGCUGAUGGAUUAGUACUGACGAAUCAAGAAUUACCAAAUGGCAUACGGCCAUCAGGACAGUUAUGGUUUACUCUAAUGCACGAAUCUCCUCUAAAUCUCGCAGUUGCGGACUCUUUGCAAAAUGAGGUGAACUUUACGAUAUCCUUUCGUUUGGACUCAACAAUCUAUUCGUCAUAUGGUUAUUAUGAGCCGUAUAUAAAAGCUCAUGGACCACAAACGAGAUAUCCACUUUCUCCUCGUAACUUUGCAGCCGGAAGAACCAAAAAAGUUGCAUGGUUUGUAAGCAAUUGUCUACCAAAAAGCCCUAGAAUGAGGUAUGCGAAAGAGUUAUCUCGCCAUAUACCAGUUGAUAUAUACGGUGCAUGUGGUAGUAUGUCGUGUCCGAAGAACAUAGAAACAUAUUCUUCAACCCGUGAAUGCUUAAAAAUGAUUCGUGAAAACUACAAGUUUUAUUUAAGCUUUGAAAACAGUUUAUGCCCUGACUACAUAACCGAGAAACUCUACAAAAAUGCUCUUAGAAACGAAAUCCUUCCAAUUGUGAUGGGAGCCUCACUGGAGGAGUACAAAGAGGUUACUCCGCCAUAUUCUUUCAUCCAUGUAGAUCAGUUUGAAUCACCAGCUAAACUCGCCGAAUAUCUCAAGUACUUGGACAGAAACGACACUGCAUACAAUGAAUACUUCGCCUGGCAUGGUCACGGUAUUAUUCAUGACUGGGAUUCACAGCCUCAGUGUGCAAUGUGCUUACUAGCACAUACUUCUCCCCUAUUUGGACCGUAUUGGGUUCCACAAGUGGCCAGGUGGUGGAAUGAUGGUUGCAAUGGCAGAAGGCUACGAUGGAAUCCGGAAGAUAACAGUUGUCCUGCUGUUUUUAUUGUAGUCCAUGUUAAUAAUGAAUCGCAACAUUUUCAAACGUUAACAUUGUGCAAUCAUUCUCCGUCAUUGUCAGAAAAGCAUGAUACGAUGACAUACAUAAUCCAUUGA